AUGUCAGGUAGUGAGCAAGAAGGUAAAGGGGAGGCCAAGAUGGUUUCGAUUCCCUUGUCAUCCGAUGAUGAGACAUCACUCGGUUAGUAUCUCUACUUGAAAGAAGUUGAGAUUUUUCAAGCUUCGUGUAAAACCUUUCAUCCUUCUUUUUAGGUAUUUUAAAGCAAAGUUCGCUUGCUUUACAAGUAAUGAAAUAUUCGGGAUGUUUACGGGUUUAUCGAGGUCCGUACGUACUGAUGCAGUGAUUGAAAAUCAUCGCAAUCUCGCAAGAAGCCUAAUUAACGUGAAUCUGUUCCCUUCACAUAUUAAGUGAUUUGUCGUCCUCUGAAUUUUUGUAUUAUUGUGUCGUUGUUAUUCAGGGUAAGUCAUUGAUCAAUUGAUGAAAGGCAAAAAAGGGUGGAAAAAAGCUUGAACUAAUUGCGGACAAUAGUCAUCACCUAAAGGAUAUUUGGAUUUAAUUAUACAAAAAAUAUUUUAGAUGUGGGUGCUCUCUUGUGUAUGCUAUAGCAUCAAGGUUAUCUUAAUUAAAACUUGUAGUAAAUGUUUUGGAGUUUCAAGGGCAGUUGAGUAUGAUUUACUUCUCUGAAAACUGGGUCAAGAGGACUGAUUCUGAGGCUGAUUAAAGAGAAUCAUUGGAUGGACUUCUCUUUGGCAAGACCUCAUCUUGAGUCUUUCAGUGUUAUUUUUUUUCUCUCAGUGGCAUAUAGAGGUUUAACCCAAGAUCUAUUUGUAUAUUCUCCCAUCUAGCUGCCACACAGUUCCUAGCAAAUUAGUUAUGAGAACUGGUUGUAACAUAUAGAUCAAGAUAACAAACUCUACUUGAUAUAAGUUUGAGUAUUCUCAUUAACUCUUUGCUGGAUAAUGUAUGGAUAUUGUAGGGAGAGGUUACUUCUUAAUCACUAAUAGGAGUUAAAGUGUUAUCAACAAACUAGAGCAGGGAAGACAGGGGAGGUGAUAUCCAAUCAAUUACAAGUGGAGGAGGAUCUCUUAUCCUUUUUCAGCAAAGCAUGAGUGUGUUUUUUAAUUUAUUUACAUAUAAUUGUUGUUUUUUUCUUUCUGUAAAGUGCAUUUUAAAAUUUGCCCAUACUAACUAUAUGAGAUUGUGAUCACAUUUAUUUUGUAAUAAUGUGAUAUAAGUUACAGCAUAUUUUCUUUGUAUUUGAUAAUUUUAAUAAUUAUUGUGAAACUGAUUUUUUUUUUUUUGUGGUUCGUCUUUGACUAGGGACAAGCAGUCAUUAUCCAAAUCAACCAAGCUACAAUUCUAAGGCAGGAAGAGAAGGUGAUGCCUUACAAGGUAAAAGUCUACCUUGCAGGUUGAACAUCUUUGAAAGUUCUAGCUUUGGAAAUUGUGGGACUUAAUAAAUGUCCUCAAACUGGUACUGGUGUUGCCUCAAAGUUCUAUCAGUAUUUAAGCUUCCCACUGAAAUUUGUUUGUCUAUUCCAAUCUUUAACCCUUUUCAGUUUAACCCUAAUUACACCCUAACAUCAGUAUUCUAUAUUCUCUAUUGUUACUCAUCUUUAUACAUUGUCUUUUGUUACUUACAAGGAGAAUGUGUCUGACAAUCAAAGCUUCAUUGAUUGGUGAUCAUUUCCUAGUUUUUUUCUCAACGAAUUUCUUAACGAACGAUUCAGCAGUAUUACUCUUAGGAGAAGUUAGAUACUAGCCACUCUUAACCUUUUAACUCCCAUGAGUGAUCAAGAAUAAUUUCCCCUUACUUUUCACUGUACUAUCAACCAGACAAGUGGUGAGAAUAAAGAAAAAUAUCAAUUUGGCGAUUAUUAGUUGAUCCAAUACCAAAUUCUCCAAACUAACAUCACAAGAACUAUAGGCAGACAGUAAAGAGAAUUACUAAAUUACCAUAGGGUUAAGAAUUCAAUCAGUAAAUGUGACUUUGACAGACUUGUGUAGACAUACCAGUGUUUAGUAAUUUUUUCCCUUUUCUAAAUUGUAUGUAGUCAUCUAGACAGCAUUAUUUCAAUUCUCAUUCUAGAUGAUGUAACAGAGGAUGAAGAAAAUGAAGCAGAUGAGAAAAAGCGCCUUAUUAGUCAAGUACUUGAGCUUCAAAACACUCUUGAUGGUGAGUUUGAGUGCCAUGCAUAUACAAAAAGUUUUUGUUGAGUCUUUCAAAUGAGGGACAUGCAAACUUCCACGAGGAGGAAAGAUCAGUUGGUCCUGUUAAGAGCCUUAGUGGGGUCCUCUAUAUCACUGUGGAAGAGGCAUGGUCCCACAUAAAUCAAAGGUGUUUAUUCAGCAUUCAAUUUAACUACUCUUUAAUACAGAUGAAGAAGAAGUAAAUUCCUAAGGAGCAAAAGAAAAGGACUUUUACAAAACUAUACUAACAUAUAAUAUAGGAAAAAUAAAUGCAAAGAUGCCAUGAGAUGAAAAAUUACCAAAUGCUGUGGGAAUAUAUUAGACAUGAACCACUUAUAGGAAAAAAUUUUACAAGGACACAAAUUAAAGAAAAUUAGUCGUUUAAAGUGUGGAAAUAAUUGUUUGGAAAUGAUACAUGUAAAAACGAAAAGAAUUAGUGUUCAGCAAUAUAAGACCUAACUGUGAGAAAUUUAAAAAAAUUACACAUUUGCCACAAGGAUUGCCCAAAUGCCCCUCUUCUUCCAGGAAUAUAAAUAAAUUUGUACUUACAUGUUUGGAAGAACAGGGAACUUCUUUUAAGGUGAUGGGGAAUUAUGUUGGAAGUGGUCGUACUAAUUAUAGUACUCAAGAAAUCCAAGGUUCAGAGGACUUUUUGUAUUGUCAUGGUUUUUUAAUUAUUGUUACCCAUGACAUUCUUUAAUUUUUCUAAUAUUUUUUUCUUUUUGUUUCUCUGUUUCAAAAUAUGUGUAGGCUUUCCAUUCAUGACAAAAUAAAUAGUAAGAAUUGUUUAGGUUGACCGAAAUUAUGUAUGAUUUCUUGUGAAAAAUAUAAAGCACAAAUACCCUGAAAUAUUAUUUUGGCAAUGGAGAUUGAAGUUGGGUAAGGGCAAUUGUCACUGCCGCAAUAAUCCCAGGCUAGAGGGGAAGAUUCUGUUCUGUUCAGUUUCACAAGGUAGCUUUAGAUUGAAGUGACACGAUGCCUCUAGUUUUGGCUCGGUCAACAAAUUUUUUAAUAAUAAGUGAUUUGACUCAAAUAAACUUUAGAAGGUCAGUUCAAGAGAGAGUUUUGUCUAAUGACUUGCUAGCCAAAGGUUUUUGUGAUUAUUUGAAAAUGAUAUGGAAUUUUUACAUUUCUUUUGGAAUUUUUUUCCAGAUUUAUCCCAGAGAGUAGAUGCUGUAAAGGAUGAAAACCUGAAGCUUAAAUCAGAAAACCAGGUAUGAGGCAAAUUGAUCUGUCAAAUAACUAGAAAAGUAUGAUUCUGAAUUUGUUUUAUUUUUAUUGGACUUUUUAAAAUCUGUUUGUUUGCUUCUCAUCUCUAUUGUUGUUUUUGAAUCAUAAGGCAUUAUUCAUAAAGUCUUGUAACUACUUUCAGAGUGGCUGCCUAUGUAGGUGCUAUGAUGAUCCAUUUAACAAAAGUCCUCUUUUCACCAUACAAACGUGUGUGACAUCAAGAGAACUUCUUAAUACUGACAAAAAAUAUAUUUGAUUAAUAUAUAAUAUGAAUUAUAAUCGGAAGAUUUGUGUUAAAUCAAAUUGUCACACAUCAUUUUUGUUUAUCAAACAAUUAAAUGUGUUUUGAUAGGGUUCUUGCAAGACAUAUCUAAAAUCCAUCUCUGUUUUUUUGUAUUUUCAAGGCCUUUCAAUCUAUUGACACAUGCAAGUCAGUAAAAAUUUAGUUCUGUUACAUGUUACAUUUCAACAAUAUUUAAUAGGUACUUGGACAGUACAUUGAAAAUUUAAUGUCAGCCUCAAGUGUUUUUCAGCCGGCUAACCCUGACAGCAAGAAAAGGUAUUUUACAAGUGCAUUUUGUGUUUAUUCUAUCAAUAGAGAAGACCAGGAAUACGAUUUAGCAAAUGAAUUGCUAGAAGAGACAGUUAAAGAGAUUAUUUUGAUAAGGCACACACUUUUCUGGUGAAAGGUAUUUAAAAAAAUGAACUGAUUAAAGCUACAAUGUUGAAGUGAGGACAAUUUUGAACAGAAAUCAGUUAAAAAAUUGAGAUAAGGUUUAGGUCUUAAACUGCAAGACCAGUUUCAUUUUAGUCAUAAAUAUGAAAUUAAAUGCAGAAAGAGAAAUGGAAUGCUGUCAAUUUGAUAUUAGGUUAAAUAAAAAACCUAUGAGAUUAUGUACAUGGAAAACAGUGAUCACUUGGUACAUUUAUAACAUAUUAAUAAGUGUAUUUCUAUGCCAUUGUGAAGGCAAGUGUCUGUAAAAAUUUUUUGAAUUUAUUAGCAAGAAUUAAUGUAACCCUUUCUCCUUAGGCCGAACCCUUCCAAACCAGGGGUGAAGAAAGGAGACAAGACGAUAUAUUAAUGUUAACAUAUAAACAAGGAAAAAUUUCUUCAUGUUUAUCUGAUAUAUCAUUACCUUAAACUGCUAUUUUGUGAGCAUUUUUUUCCUUGUCAUGGAUCUAAGACUUUAUGAGACUGAAGAUAUGAGACUUAAGCAUUUAACAGAGAUAGUAUUUAUAUAUGUUAUGGUGGUAUAAUUUGUCAACAAUAAUUAUUUUUUGUUGAUUUAUUUCACUUUUAUGUGAGGACAGGGAGUCAUGGCAACAUUGAAAUGCAAAAUCAUUCCGCGAAUGAAGCUAUCUGGGCUAUAUUUUGUGUAUUUAAUACCUAAAUACCAAUUGUUGUAUUAGAAGGGAUUGUUCCUUUUAUUUGUUUCUUUACACACUAGUAGUGCAUAACAUUUGUUUCUUUUUGUUGCGGUGUUACGAACCCAGUGUGGUCUAACUGGAUGUACUGACCGCAACAAUCAUGGUUUUUCUAUAAUUUCUGAGCUGAAAAUCUGAGGUUAAAAUCUCACUCCAAAAAUCUUGAGAGCCGUCAGCUCAGUGCUCUUCGACUCAGGAUGAUUUGAAAUCGUCAGCUUGACUUGAUGGUCUGACCCCUGAUACUAGCUCGUCCACUAAGGCUUCGCGAUAGGUAUCCGCUGAACGUACGAAUGCAGGUGCAAUUCGAUUGGGCGGGUAAUUGUUCGAUAGGAUUUCUUUAGCUUUUGUGAUGUUAUCAGCUGGUUUGAAAUAAAUUGCUUCUCAGAAAUGUUCGGGAGUCAGUUAAGUAUCGACUUCGCUUAGUAUCUGCACUGUCUUAUGUACAAAUUCAGUUCGUUAACAAGAGGUGAGAACGGAGUCGUAUUGAAUUGUUGCAUGGCUGGUUUUGAAAGUUCGAUCCGCUAUUGGACAAGUUUAGCAGAAAUGCUCUGAUCUUUUGAUGUAAAAUAAUUUUUUUCCCAUUGUUGAAAAAUUACUUUACGCGCACAGCAAAAUACUGCUAUGGACUCGUCAUCAAGGCAACGACUUUGUAUCUUUCAGUAUCAACUCUUUGGUCACUAUGGUUCUUAUCUAGCCUACAGAGGGGAAUCUACAACAACCUAGCCGAACCAGUGUACAUCUGAAUAGUCAUACUAAUGCACUGCAGUGUUUCAUGUUCGAACUGAGAUUUCAGGAGCAUUCAACUGCUGACCAUUAAAUGAUAUCACUAACAUCUGCAUGCAUCGGGUUUGUACGUGCGGUAAGGUUGCCUUUUUUCGGCGUUGAAAUAAUCAAUAGCGAUCCGAUGAAAUGAAUAUCAGGUCAACUUUUGAUGUUUUCUUCGGGUAUAUAUAGAAGUAAAUGAAUGUGUAGAGCGUUUACAAAGUUCCACCACAAAUUAUCAUAUGAUGUAUACAUAAACUUUACUUUUAACUUUUUAAGCCCCAAUUUAUGGGGAUAAUAAGCUGUGUUGAAGGUUACACAAAACAGUCAAACUGUG